ACUCUCACAGCCUAACAACACUUGCUGUUUGACUGCACAAUGGCAGACGUUGCAUUGCCAGUGUCUGCCUCUGAGAUACAAUCCUCGGUCCCAGGAAAAGAUGAAUUGCUUUUGAGGCUCGAUGAUCUGCUGGAACGAUAUCUUCACACCCUGGAUGCCUACCAGAAAGCACAGCAGCAGCUGACCAAACAUUUAUCCUCUGGUUAUCUUUCCUUGGCACAAGCCAAUUUCAAUAACAACGCACAUACCCGAUAUGGCCAGGACUACUUUGAUGAACGGAUGCAGGCUUCAAGGAAAUUUGUAAUAUGUGAAGAUGAAGGGACAACCACAAUCUCUGUAGCGUCUCAAAAUGCGGAAGACCCAACCGACAAAACCAAAGACACUUCAUCUCCUGCGGAUAGCUCUGCAACUGCCAGAGAGGCAGAAGAAGUGCCAGAAGCAGAUGCGCAGGGCCCAUUCGAGGAGAAGACUAAUUCUGCGGUGCCUGAGACGAAAAAGACACCCACAAAUGACCCCCUCAGGUGGUUCGGCGUUCUUGUACCACCUGCGCUACGAUCAGCUCAAGCAUCGUUUGUGACCGCCGUUGAGGGACCGGUCACUGAACUCUCGAAUCUACUGAGAGAGUUGAGGCAGCAGGAAAUUGAGAUUGGGAGGGUGAGGAAGCAGAUUAAGAAGCUGUAGUCACGUAUCCGGAAAGAACUAGACCAGCACAAGAUCCCAAAUAACAGUCGCAGAAGCAAAUUUGAAAAGUCC